AUGGCGCACUAUGCGUGCCUACCAACCCCAACCCCAGCCGCAGCCAUGAUGGUGGUGGCAACAGUGGUGAUGAUGGUGGCAGCAGCGACGCCAGCAACAUCCGUGGUGGUGAUGACAGCCACCCCGCCAACCGCCGCCGCCGCAGGCUGGAGACACUGCACCCUCGUCCUCUUUCGCACUGACCUCCCUCUUCGACAGAUCCUCCUCUGGUUCCUCCUUCCUCGCAGUCCUUGCCAGGGUCAUCUGCACCAGCACUCCGAGAAGCAAAAUUGCCAGCAAUGA